UGAUUAUCAAGCUCGCCGAUUCCUGGUGACCGAGGAGGGUGUGUUCUUUUUGUAUAAAUGCAAAUAUUUAUAAGGUCUACAUAUAUUCAUUUCGAAUUGUCGUGCCAUCGUUAUUUUAGCUCGAAAUGGAGGCUCAAGGUUCAGAAUGAAUACGAAUACAGUUGUGGUUUUAGAUUGAAGGGAAGGGAGAGUGUUAGGAUAAAAAACUCUUUGGCGUUAUUAACGCUCGGUGGAUUCUGAAGCAACAAAUUUUCGACCACAUGCAUACAGCGAUUUUCGGUCGCGCCACUGCCGAAGAUGUGCCGUGUAUUAAAUACUACGUAACUGUUGGCAGGAUUAUAAUGCAAGCUGUAGGUUGCUACCUCAUCGUCGUCGAAGCUUAUAUGAUGAUAAAUGGAUUCCCGUCCAGUGCAGUCAUGAGUCCUUUGCCGGCAUAGCAUAUUUUACAAGGAGCAUUGCAUUGGAUAUUACUGUAUGUGAGUGAGAAUCACUGAACCGGUCGUAUGACAAACACCAUUGGAUCUUUUUCUUUCACACUGGUGCUGAUCAGAUGUGAUCUGCGUCAUGGCUGAUGGUGCUGGAGCGAUGUCGUCCGUUAAAAUGGAUCAUGAUACCAGCGAUCAUUUCAUACCUGGCACCAAGAAAUACGCAACUCAAUCAUUGAGAUGGUUUUUGGGCAGAUGCACCCACUCUAAAUUCUUGAUGUGUGCAUUGACCAUGGGUCAGAUCGUCGUUCUCAUGUUGUUUUCUGUAUGGACAAUCAAGGCUUGUUAUAUUCGAUCUCACAGGAUCUAUGUUGCAACAACCGCUGAUUCCAGCCCGCUUAGUCAUAAAAAUCAACUUUUUAGAAAUGCUUCUAAUCUAACCAACAUGGAUGAUCGCCAUCAUCUCCAAGGAAACCGUAACAAUGUCACGGAUCAACUCGUCAGAGAUACUCGAUUCGCGCCCUUUCAGCGAAACGUCAUGAAUAAUGGAAGCGCGCGGAAAUCAGACACUGAUCGAAAUAUACGGAUAAUCGGUACGACAAACAUCAAAUUGCUCAAUUUUACUUUAAACUGGUUUGAGAGCCUGAGCAGAUUACAUAUCAAGUAUGACGUCACAUUCAUCGCAGGGGAUCAACGUACAUAUGAAACCCUGACAACGAUGAAACAAAACUCGAAGAAAUUCGAGAGGACGAGCUUCGUAGCCGGCAGGCGAUCACAAGGUGCGCGCAUUGCUGGGUUGUCUUCAUCUGAUUGUGACGUAUUACUCGGUUAUCUCGAGGCGGGAGUUGAUGUCGUGCAUGUAGCCCCUGAUACAGUGUGGUUGAAAGACCCAAUUCCUCUGCUUUGGCAGAAAUACGACAAGUGUGACCUCUGGAUAACGUUCGGCGCGAUCCGCACUCAAAGUCUCAGCUUGGCGUACAUGAAAGCCAAUCCCAACGUCAUUGCCUACGUCAAAGCGUUACAAGAACAAAUGACAAGUUUACAGAGCGAAGUUUUAACGACUACGAUGGCUCUGAAAUUGGGCUUCAUAGCGUUUCAGUGCAAUGUUGGAUUAUGCUACCUCGGCGAAAAUCAUUUCCCUUCUGAGGUACACGUUUUUGAGGAGGAAGGAACUUGGUACAAUGAACAUAGAGAAGGGAUCUAUGUUAUCAGAACAGGUGGUAUAGUGGACGCUGCACAAAAGCAAUAUUCAUUACAAAAGAUAAAUUUGUGGUAUUUAAAUUUCUGAGACCAUGAAUGUAUUUCAAUUUCAUGUUAAUUGCCAAAAUAUAACCUUGCCUCAUUAUUAAGUAUCAUACUGUUACCAUAUCAUUGGACAAAUGUAAUCACACUAUAAGACAUCUUGUUCUAUUAAUCACUCAUUAAUGAUUAAUACUCCCUGGUAUAGAGAUGGAAAUGUUCUACUCGAAAAGAUCUGGUCACUAAAACAUGUCGAUAAAAUGUCGAGUGCUCACUGCGGACGAAAUGAUAAUUCAUGAGCUUAUGGAAGAAAUUGAUUAAGUCAUUUCUUGUCAACAAGAGUCUUUCGCUUUCUUUUCCUCCUUUUUUGUCAAACAAACUGGAAACAUUUCCCCUCUAAUGAAAUCCAGGAUCCACAGCUAGCAGUUGUUUUUGGUUCAGAACGUAGAAUGCGGAAGCCCGGGAAGGAAGAUCAGUUAUGGCAACAGGAAAAGGAGCAGGAAGAAAACGUAACAUAAAUGAGUGAGGAAGAAAUAGGAAAUACAAGAAAAAUGAAGAGAAGAAAAAGAAGAAGAGGAAGAAGGAUUGCAAUAGAAGCAACAUCAGCUGCUCAGUUAUGUUGUGUGUUGUUUUCACUGACACGCAAUUCUUAACAUGUUCUGUAACAGUUGCCAUCACACCUAGCUAAGUACCGAGUUUUCGCAAUUGCAACGAAAAUGCACUAAAAAUGCCCGUCCAAUCACAAUGAAAACCUGAGGUCUUUGUCGAAAAUGUGUGAACCGGGACAGCAGAUCGUCCUAAGAUUCGGAGGCUAGGAGCUAACGAAAAUUUGCAAGUAUAUCGUUUGUCCAGAGUCCUUGAGGAAACUGCUGCAUUGAUUCACCGAUUUUCGACAAAGACCUCUUUGUUAUGAAAGGAUUUUGACAUUAGAUUUUCUCUGUUGAAGAAUCCGUCCCCGUCGCAAAUUACGAAAACUCCUGAGUAUCACAUACCAUCAGAAGAUUGGAGUCGGUUUUUGUAGGACAGGACUGGUGAGACUGUAGCAUAUUCUGUCCGGUGUAUAUAAUUUCUAGCAAUCAUUGAACCCUGUGUGUGUUUGCGCCCGAAUGUUGUAUUUGUGCAAUCUAUGAAUAUUCAACCUCAAUCAUCAAUGUUCAAUUGGACUCUAAUGGUCGUUGCAUUCCAAAUUUCACUUAUCAAACUAUGAUGUUGAAAAAUAUCAAUGCUUUUUAUGUUACUUCAUAAACAGGCUGCUCUACUUUCAUUCUUUCAAUAUAUAUAUAUCUAAGAGAACUAUUUUUUUUUAAGUUUCAACACAUCAAAACAUAGUGAUGUCAAAGAGUAAUGCAAUGCCGACGGACGAAAUUGAUUUCAGUAUGAAAUGAAAUUCUGGACAGCGUUUCAUCAAACUUUGGUCUCACUAGUUGUCGAAUCUGACAAAUUUUGUUUGAUUUCGAUUGACCAAGGAGCACAUUCGGAUAAAACCUGUUUCGGAUCACUAGCGUACCUAGGGGGGGGGGGGGGGGUGGGGGGCAGUC